GGCGGGGGUGGCGGGGCAGACGCCGCGGAACCGGGGCCGGGCGGGUUGGGCGCGAUGAGCGAGGCCGCAUUCCAGAAGGCUGCCGAGGAGGUGAAGCAGCUGAAGUCGCAGCCCACGGACCAGGAGAUGCUGGACAUCUACAGCCACUACAAACAGGCCACGGUGGGCGACGUGAACACCGAGCGCCCUGGUAUGCUGGACUUCAAAGGCAAAGCAAAGUGGGAUGCCUGGAGUGCAUUGAAAGGAACAUCCAAAGAAGAUGCAAUGAAAGCUUACAUAGCAAAAGUGGAAGAACUAAAGGGCAAAUAUGGCAUCUGAGGACUGGAUAAGUCAGCUGCAUGCAUGCCUGAAACCUGCCUUAUUUCUAAUGUGGGAAACUGGUUUCUAAGAGUAACCUUAGAUUCCUAGUAUGUCAUAGUCGGUUCUCCUCAUGCGUGUAGUUCAGGAGAAAUCAUGUACCUGGCUAAUGUACUGACACGGUAUAAAUUCCUUCUGGGAACAGAAUCUGGAACUCAUUAAAGUGCAUUUGGUACUUUA